UUGUAUUGAUUGUCAUAGCAAUAGCAAAAUUAUAUAAAGAAGGUAGAGAAUAAAAGUGAACAAUUGUUUAUAGUAAAUAAGCACAGUAACUUUAAAAAAAGUGAAUUUUAAAAAUCAUUAAAAAACUUUAAAGUAUUUAAUUUAUUUGCUAACAACAAUAAAGGAUAAAAUAUGACGCAAGUGGGCUGGAUCUCUUUAACUAAGCCGUCAUCUCUUGUCAAUAUUGCAACCGAUGCAAUUGCUAUGCAAUGUGAAAAUGUAGUUAUGUGUAUUGAUAUCGUAACACGAGUGAAAAGCUAUUAUAAAGCUGAUAGUCCCGAGACAGGAGCCAGCAUAGCAAUAGUAACUGGGCAUAAUCGCCUUCCUUUGUUCGGAUUUGCUGAAGGUGUAUUGCAGCCAAGAAUUUUUAUUGUCAAAUAUCCAGAACUAACACCUAUAAUUGUUUUAAGUGCUUUUGGGGUAACCAAGUUUGUGGAUUUAAAAUUUUCGGAACAUGGUCAUAUUAUAGGUUUGACCGGCAGUCCACAUUAUACUUUCCAUAUAUGGAAUUAUCGUUUAAACUCUUACUACUGCGGUCAAGACACAAACCUACAGUGUGCUGAAUAUUCCACUAUAUGCUCCAAUAAUAAUUUGCCAGUAAUAGUGAAUUUUAGUUCCAUGACACGAGAAUUAUUCGUGUGGGAGUUGUGUAUGACUACAGAGCGAUACUUUUUGCAUUGUCGAUCGAGUACAACAUUAAGUCGGAAUUAUGAAAAAAGCUGCGGACAUAAUCACAUGACAUUUGCAGAUGAUGGCAGCAUAUAUAUAAUUGAUGAUUUUGGCUAUUUGUUUUAUUUUGACGUGGGACAGUUUUACUUACAAGAACAGUUCGCAAUACCAAAAAGCGAUAUAUCGGCUUGCCGCCAUUCAUUGUAUUAUUGUAAAAAUGGACUUCUAGUUACCACUGCAAAAGCUAUGCACUACAUUAAAUUGAUUGAUGAUAAAUGGGUUGUAGAAUGGACUAUUGAUAAUAUGCCAGCAGAUAUUGUUAAGGUAAUCUAUAACCAUAGCAAUGAGAUUUUUGCUUCAAAUAGUAUCGGUAAUGUGUAUCGGGUGGAAAUAGUAAAUAAUAAAAGAAUAAUCAAACCUUUCUCGUUUCAAAAUGUUAAAGUUAUCAGUUACGCUGUUGGCCUUAAAGGAAUCAGAGAAGAGCUUAUUGUGCUGCUCUCAAACGCUGGUGAAAUAAUCGCUAUGGACAUGGCACACGUAGAGACAUUUUCCGUAAUGAAUUAUCCAAAUAGUAAAAUUAUUGCGGGUCAUAACCUGUCUCCAUAUAUAAUAGUCGGAUUAGAAAGUGGUGCUUUAUAUUUUAUAAGCUAUGAGAAAGUACGUGCCCCCGUACAAAUUGGCGUAUUUAAUGCUUUAAUGUGCGAUAUCCAAUCCAUUCUUUAUUUUGAAACUUGCGCAUUUGUAUUAGACUCAACCCAGGAACAUCAUAUCAUAAGAGUGGAUAUGAAGAAAGCUGUUUUUAGCUCUUCAGGAAUUAUACCAAAAAUACCAGUUAAUGAAGCAACUAUUUUGGUGGAAUUUUUAAUUGAUUUUAAUCGUGCUUUAGUUUGUUUAAGUGAUGAUUUUGAUGCAAGUAUACGGUUUACUAAAGAGUUGCGAAUGUACAAUUGGAUUAGCAAACAAGAAGAAAUUAUUUUGACCGCAUAUGACCUGCCACAUAACUAUCGUAGUAUCUUUUGUUCAACUGUGAGUGAUAAAAAGAGAGUUGAGCUUUUCGGAAUAAGAGAAUUUGGGGCAGUAAUAGAUGUUUUCAAAUUAAAUGAUACUAAACAACUGAUCUUUAGCGAAACUAUCGCUACAACUCAUUUAACCAAUAUUAUAGGCAUUAGCGGAACGCGUAACUUAAUCACAUGGGGAGUUGAUGCCAUGAUAUUUCAUUUCAAAGCACAUAAAAGACACAAUGAUCCCUUAAUGAUAGCAAAAACAGUUGUCUUGACGUAUGUGCCGUAUUAUAUCAAAAGUGCCACCGAAUGCUUUACUGGCAAAUAUAUUAUAGUUUUGUAUUCAAACGGCAACCUUAAAAUAUACUACUUUGCAUUAAAAAGUGAGCCAUUUCUUGAAAAUAACUUAAUGGGUGGUGAAAGUAUAGAGAUUGUGCCUAAAUAUGUUACCUCAACUCAUUUCGGUGAAUCAGAUAUUAAAGCAAUUAAACCAUUGACGGAUGAACAAAAGUAUUUAAUUACAAAAGUCCAACGAAAAUUAAUCGAAAUAAAAAAAGAUGUGGCUAAAUUAAUAGAAUAUGAUAUUUCAGUUACAGGAAAAACUCAGGGUGUUUACAGAAAGUUUUGUUUGAAUCGAAAGUGGUUGGCUACAGUAGAGGAACAAUGGCGUAUGUUAUGUGCAUAUCACCGAAAAGUGCUUCAAGACGCUGUCAAUGAUAAAACGCGCAUACGAGACUGGAUUCUUAAGUUAGUUACUAGUACCACGUCUCAAAUCGGCUAUAAGCUAAGAGCGAUAUUUUCGAACACUUAUUUAGAAUGCUAUAGCAUACAUAGUCUAGAUGAUUACUUCCACAAACUUUUCGAUUUAUUUUAUUUAUAUGACGCAGACAUAAUGGAGCAGGAUGAUGAAAAUGAAGAAGAGAAUAAACCCGAAGGUGAGACAAAUGAAGGAAUGCCUAGGUCGCGUAACUUUUUUGUUGUUAAGGGAAACAUUUUCGAACACUGCGAUUCACCAGAUUUUCGUAUGGAAGAUAAGGAUUUAGUUACACAAUAUCAAAUGCAUAAUCAUUAUGCCAAGUUUAAGGCAUUGAUAAGCAAUCAAUUGCGGAAAGAUUUUAAUAAGAAGUUUUAUGAACUUGAAAAAUUCAAAAAAGAAACUAUUGAAGAAGUCAAAGGAAUAAAUUUAAUUCUGGAAAAAAUUCAUAGCAAUAUGAAUUGUAUGCACGAAUUGCUUGGCAUGGACAAGUUUGUACCAGAACCAUUAUCCGUACCUGAGUGGCAAGACGAUGAAGUUUUGGAUCGAGUAAUGACAGUGGAUGAUUCCGAAGUAAAGGCAAUAAAUCGACGAAAAAAGAAAGCUGAAAUUGUUGAGUUCAAGAGUGGUCGUAUGUUGUUGUGGGCCGAUGAAUUUUGGACACGUGCUCUAAUGACAAUGAUGGACGGAGUAUUGGAAAAACUUUGGGAAGAAGAAAUAAAAAAAGACAUCCCAAUUCCAGAGUUUAUGCUAAAAAAGGAUCCGCAUGAAUUUUCCCUCGAAGAACAGAGACAAGUUCGUGACUAUGAGGAAAGACUAGUGGUGUUAGAGUCAGAUAGGCGCAAGUAUUUAAGAAUAUUACACGCUGAUAAAGCCAAAACAAUUAAAAUAAAAGAUUCCAUAAUAUUAAGAUUUAAUGAAAAACUAAACCGAUUAGCUAUUGUAAAGUUGCAGUAUGAUUUUCAUUUAAAGGUUGGCCGACUACGAGAUUUGAAUUUGAAAAUAUAUAACCAGGAACGUAAACAUAUACGAACAACUAUAUCAGCAUUAACGGAUCAAAUAGAAACCUUGGAUGAUUACAUACAGAAUUAUGCCAAUUUGAAAAAUUUUUGGGGAAAGUCCGUUUCAGAUCUUCAAACACAAAUGGAUAAUUUGCACAUUCGAGACAAAACUUUAGAAAGAUCAUUUAGAAAUAAUUUUGUUGGUUCCUUACAUCCUGCAAUAUCACACGAUAUAUUAAAACUGUACAGGAAGCGACCUAAAGUGCAAACUAAACCUUUUAACACAACGCUAGCCUGCUUAGAAACUGCAUCUCGAAUACCUUCCAAGAAAGGAAGUAAUUUUCCAUUGCCUCGAGACAUACUUGAUUACCUUGCCAAUUUAGAAGCUUUGGAUUCGUCAGACCAUUGCCCCCAUCAAGUUGAUAACAGAUCUUGGGACCAGUUUGUGAAAUUACGGCGUUUAAAAAUCGAAAUGGAAUUACGACUUAAAGGUGUGGGAUUUCGGUUAUCCGAUGCUCAGAAUGCUCUAAAUACUUUCACUAGAGAUUACUCAAAUCUGUUAAUAAAAAAACAAGAUUAUGAAGAGGAAUUGGUGUAUCAAAUUGAAGCAUAUACCGAAGUUACACGCAAUAAGGCGGUGGUAGUUGUUUUAAAUCAGGGUCAAGUUGAAGUGAAUCUUAACAAUGCUCUAGUGGACACAAUCAAUUUUGUUUUACUGAAUAGACAGGACUUACAUGAUGUGAAUGAUUUGAUUAGGAAUGCAGGUGAGAUGAAAAUAAAGUCUAUGGAGAGGGUAGCAAUAUUUCGUCGAAAAGUUAAACAUGAAGAAUGGGAGCAUAGAAUGCUUAAAUUAGAGAUGCUCAGAUUAAAGCAUAAAUUAUAUUUAGUAAAACGUGCUAAGGUCACAAAGGAAGGAUUAGCCUUAAUACGGAACUGGGAGAAAGCUAAAAAGGCUGGUCAGAAAAUGAGAAAAACACCUGGACUUAUAAAUCGUAUUAUGCAGUUAAAGGACAAAGCGAUUAGUAGGCGGUAUGAUGAAGUACUAACAAAGGUUAAACGUGUCGAACAACAAAUUCUUCAUAAAGAGAUUGAGUGCAAACAUUUGGAUCGUAAAAUUAGUGCGGUUCAAGUGGAUAUAACUUACGCAAAUGUGGAACGGGAUUUAGAUUUUGAGAAACGUCGUGAACGUUUUCGUAAAGAUAGAUUGGAACAAAUAAUGAAGCAUAAAAAAUUAAUAGACACUGUGCGUAAUAAUCAUGCAAAAAUUUUAGAAUUGACAACAUUGUUGGAACUUCAACGUUUGCGUACGUAUCCUACAUUGGGUCCAGCUCCGGAAUGUUAGUUAAUUAAAAGAAAUACAUUACAUUCAUAUGAAGUAUAUACAUUUUUUAUUCUUACAUAUAUUUUC